AUGGAUUAUCUGACGAAAGAUGUCAAGGCUGUAGUUGGAACUGAGGCACCUCACAAAUAUGUAUUGAGUGUUAGGUUUUGUUUAAGAGUUGGACUAUGUACUUCAUUAAUGGUUAUUAUUAACUGUUACAUUGAGAACUCAAGUUGCGCUAUUCAAAGAUUAAUGUAAAGAUCCUCGUUAAUUAUACUUGUAGAUUUCAUGUUAUUUUAAGUUAAUUAAACAAAGUUGUGGGUUACAGAAUUUGAUUAAACAGACAAAAACCAUUAGGUUAGAUUUGCAAUUCAUGUUAGCACUGAUAACGAAAUCAGUUGCCUUCAAAUUUUCCUACUGUAAUCGAAAGUUACACGGUAGCUUUCAAUGCCAAUGUAGGAGUUCUGAUCAAAAUUGGUUGCUCAGUGGAGACAUGAACAAAUGCCCCAAUCUUUGGACUUUUUCAAAACCAGGUUAAGUUCCUUUUAUUCUAGGGCGAGGAUAGGAAAGAAAUGAAAUGGACAAGUUUCAAUGUUCCUGAAGUCUGAUAGAUAUAGAAUAUAACCCAGUGGAUUUAAUUUACAGAUGGCAUCUAUGUCUGUCACAGUAAAUGUAUUUUCCGCUGUUAUGAAGUUGAUGCAGUUCGUUAGCACUUUAUGUUUUUUCGUUUUUGUUGGAACACGCCGUUAGGGCGUGUCUCCAGGGGUUUUUGUGAUAAGUUGAUGUGUAGUAUUUUAGGCUUCAAAGAGUUGACAGAUUCCUCUCGCUCGCGCUCUCCAUCCUGGCGUUUACUUCUUUUGAUGCUAGGAUACUGCUAUGAAUUCUACAGAAGAAAGUGGUUCCGUUCCUUCUGUCGUUGAAGCCGAUGUUGUUUCGCAGAACCCUUCUUCAAAUUCACAGUUGGUGGAUGAGGUUUUCUCUCUUUUUAAAGGCUACUUGACCUCCCAAUUGGGAGAGAAAGGGAAGCAGUUUGAGCGAAGCUCUAAGUCCGAUAACGAAGCUGCAGACAUUAAGUUCAAAGGUAACCGAAAGCAGUUUGAGUUGAAUUCGCAACUGGACAACAUAUUAACACGAAUCGACGAGAGUGCUAGUAGCCCAGCUGAUGUUCACAAGUUGGUUGAAGAAGGAAAACUGCUCAUCAAAAAGCGUCAGAAGUUGAUCAAAAUCGCCGACAAGAACAAAGAUGGCUGGCUUGUUGUCCAAGAAUACGAGUCCGACGAUCUCGCUUCAGACUCCGAAGAUGAGAAGAAGAUACGUAAAGCCAAGGCUGCUGCUGAGAAGAAGAGAAAAGAAACGAAGAGUAUCAGCGGUAACACUUCGAAAAAAUUUAAGUCUUCUAGUGACUAUCAGCUUUUUCGC